CGUGGGGCGGGCGGAGGCGGGCCGAGGCGAGGGGCGGUGGCCGUGGAGGGCCGGGCGGCAGCGGCCCGUGAGCUCAGAAACCCUGAAAUGUCAGGAAGGGCUACUUACUGAAGAACCCCCAUCAGUAACAACGAUUCCACUUGUCUCUGCUUCAAGUUUCAGAUACUUCUGACAUCCUGGCAACUUCAAAUCUGUCAAGACUUGCAGCAAAACAACCCAGCAAAAAGAGACACCUUCAGAGCAAAAAUGAUCAUUGGAAAAGUUUACAAUACCAUUAACAUCAGCAAUGGAACAGAUCUUGCUAUUGGAUUUACUUCUUCUGCAGUAGCUGUCCUUCUCUUUGGGACAAACUUUGUGCCUGUUAAAAAAUAUGACACUGGUGAUGGCAUGUUCUUCCAGUGGAUUCUCUGUGCUUCCAUAUGGAUAGUUUCUUUGGUGGUCAAUUUAAUCCAGAAUUGCCCUCGUUUUUGGCCUCUGGCUAUGGUUGGGGGUUUUGUGUGGGCUACAGGCAAUGUUACUGUUGUCCCUAUUGUUAAAACCAUUGGCUUAGCUCUUGGUCUUUUGAUAUGGGCUUCUUUUAAUUUGCUGACAGGCUGGGCGAGUUCAAGAUUUGGUUGGUUUGGAAUUGACCCAGAAGAGGUAUCAAGACCAGUCUUAAAUUAUAUUGGAGCUGGGCUUUCAUUAUUAAGUGCUGUCAUAUUUCUUUUUAUAAAAACUGAAGUCCAGAGUUCUUCAGCUUCAUUAGAAAGAACGCCAUUACUGAGAGAAAGUUCUGUUAAUGCUUCUGAAGAGAUCUCUGAUGAGUCAUGGGUGAGCAGACUUUCUCCAGCAAAAAAAAGACUCAUAGGAUGUAGCCUAGCUGUAGUGGCUGGGAUACUCUAUGGUUCCAGUUUUGUACCAGUACUUUACAUCAAGGACCAUGGAAGAAGAAAUGAAACUAUAUACGCAGGAGCAAGUCAAUUUGAUUUAGAUUAUGUUUUUGCACACUUCAGUGGAAUAUUUCUUACAAGUACCAUCUACUUUUUGAUCUACUGUGCCAUCAGGAAAAAUAAACCUAUAGUUUAUCCCCAAGCCAUACUGCCAGGGUUUGUUUCUGGUGUGCUUUGGGCAAUAGCCAAUUGCUGCUGGUUCAUAGCCAAUAACUAUCUCAGUGCUGUGGUCAGCUUUCCAAUAAUUACCGCAGGUCCUGGCCUUGUUGCUGCAGCUUGGGGAGUCCUCGUAUUUAAAGAAAUCAAGGGACUGAAAAACUACGUGUUACUCUCAGUAGCAUUUUGUAUCAUUUUGGCCGGAUCACUCUCCACAGCUUUUUCUAAAGUUUGAAGGGAUCUUCUUACCAGUAGAUGGUGCUACUGUCUAGUAUAAUCAGAAGGACACUGAUGGUGUAUCACAAUAGGUAUUUCCAAAAUGUAUGUCCAACAUUUACCCUAACGUUCUUUGGGCAGGUAAUAAUCAUUCCCACUUAGCAUGAAAGAAAAUCUGGAAAUGUUUGCUUCCGCAUCUUUUGCAAGAGCGGUUGUAUCAAAGGUGUUCUUUUAAAUAAAGCUCAGUGAUUUUAUAGUUACUGAUUUUUCUGGUUUAGGUAUGAAGCUUGCAUCAUUGUAAGUUCCAGUUCCUUUCUAUGAUGAUGGAUUAAAGGGAUAUUGAUUCUUAGUCUGUUAGUAAUCUGUAUAGCUAAUUCAUUUUAUUCCGAAAUUCUUUCUUGAUGACUUGAUUAUAACAUGUCUUGAAAUAUUCUUUUUGGAACUGAUACAAAGAUGUGAAACAGUUGUUUUUUUUUUAUUUAGGGGCAUUGAUCUUUAAAGUCACCAUUUUACAUAAAAACUUUAUCUUCCAAUCACAUCAGAAUUUUGAAGGAAAUAUGGGGGAAAAAUGAUAAAAAAUGUAACAUAAAUUACUAGUGUUUGCUUUAGAUGCAAGAACAUUAUGUUGAAAUCAUGACCAUAAUACAAAUAGUUGGGCAUUUUGUUGUUUGUUGUUUUGUUUCGUGUUUUUAAUUUGAGUUGUAUGCAAUUUUGCAAAUAAACACUUCUUUUCUGAAACCAGUUAUAUUGCAAUAUGAGCUAAGCAUGUAGUUCACAGUUUGUUUCCAGAUCAUUUGGGGCAUUUUCUGAAUACUUAUUACUUAUUUUUCUUUUCCAUGUAGCACGAUCAAAGCUUAAAAAUUAUAUAUGGUGAAGUAUCAUGCUAAGACUACCAAGUCUUUUUGCUACCCAAAGCAAGGUCAUCUAUAUCUAAAUCACUUCUGACAGUUGUUAUCAAACUUGUUUAUUUAAAAAUAAUAAAGUGGUUUUACCAUCUUUUUAGACAGACUACCCAGUUUCUAAGUAUCUUUCCAGCUAGGAAGCUCUAAUGUCCAAAGAUGUCACUGUGAGCAGUGUUAUGUCUGCUAUUCAGUGACCAUUGCUGACAUGGAGAACCAUUUGUUUUCUUACUCAUCACAGCUUUCACACAUGCAAAGCAUGUUGUCUGAACCCACCCUUAGUCUUCUCUUCCACACAUUAGAUAAGUCCAGUUUCUGCACUUCUCACAUGUUUGGAAUAUGUACAUCAUUCUUUUUACUUCUUCCCAAACUCACUAAGUGGACUAAAUCUGCCUAGAAAAAAACAGACGCAACACUCAGACUACAGUCUUACAGAAAACAAGAACAGCAGCAACGGGAUUAUUUUUUUUCAUCUAAUUUACAAGCUGUUCAUGAUCAUAUAUGAUAGUAUGACGCUUUUUGCCAACACAGCUUGAUAUUGUAAGCAUGUCUAGAUUACAUUCAUAAUUUCACCUUCCUUCUUUUCCACACUUCUUUGUCUACUACUUGGCAGAUUUUAUCUUAGAAGUGUUGCUUCACCCCCUUUUUUCCAUUCUAUUCCUAUCCGAGUGUCAGAACAUGGUGUCUGACAGGCUUUUUUCCCAUCGGGCGUUUCUCCAGUUUUGCUCCAUAUGUUAAGUCUGGCCUUCAACAAGUUUGCAACAUUUUCCAGCCUGUUGUUAUUUACAAAUUUAAUAAACAUGAUCUCUUAAUUACUCUAAAUCAUUUAUGAAAAUGUUGUAUAGUAUUGGCCUGUACUCUCUUUUUUUUGGAAUCUAAAGCAAUCUUUUGACUCUGACAGGGAAUUAAUCGAUUGCUCUCGUGAGUACAAUUUCUCUUACUGUGAUUUUAUUUAGAUUGCAUUCUCCCAGCUUAUAUGUAACAUCUGAUACAGCUGCUGCAGUCAAGAUGUAUAAUGUGUACCGCUCACAAGCCCUGCUAUUGCAGAGAAAGCAGGUCAGUUUGACUCAAUUUCUUCUUGACAAGUCCUUCUAGAUUGUUACUUACCUAACUGUUAGUGUAUUGACUCUGACAAGGAAGAGUACUUUGUUCAAAUGUUUUUGAAAGAACUUGAAUUAAAUUGGACAUUUAUGAUUUCCCUGGAUGUGCUUCCCUUCAACUCCUGUAUUCCUGGAAUAACCCCCUAUGCCAGAAAAUUGCUAAUAAAAAAAGGAUU